UAAACGUCAUUAUGCGGACAAUUAUUCUAAUCAAUUAAUAAAAAUCGUCGAUUUAAAGUGUUAGCAAGUGUGGGAAAAUAGCCGAAGUGUCGCAUUCCGAUGUCUUAAGAUGAAAAAACUCUUUUCCAAGAUUGAAACUAAAAUAGAUAACACUUCGAAGGAAGGUAACAGUUCCAUAGGUAAAGUGUUCACAGUCGGGCGCCAAACGGUGACCGUCGAGGACAUCUUGGCCGAAGGUGGCUUCGCAAUCGUGUAUUUGGUGAAGGGGGGUAAUGGCACUCGCUACGCCCUCAAACGCAUGUACGUCAACAACGAGCAAGACCUCAAUGUGGCCAAACGUGAAAUUCAAAUCGCUAGCAGUUUAAGCGGCCACAAGAACAUCAUCGGAUACGUGGAUUCGAGUCUCACGGCCACGGGAGGGGGCGUUUAUGAGGUCCUCUUGUUGAUGCCUUAUUGUCAGGAGAACGUUUUCGGGCUUAUGAAACAACGAGGCAAGGCGAAUUUUACCGAACUUGAAGUUUUGACGAUUUUCUGUGAUACUUGUGAGGCCGUGUCGCGAUUGCAUCAUUGCAAAACUCCAAUAAUUCAUCGUGAUUUAAAGGUAGAGAAUAUUUUGGUAGGUGAAAAUGGUAACUACGUCAUUUGUGAUUUUGGUUCGGCGACAGCUAAAGUACUGAAUCCGGCCGAUAAGGGGGCUGCGGCCGUCGAAGAAGAGAUUAAACGGUACACAACACUGAGUUAUAGAGCACCUGAAAUGGUUGACAUGUAUUGUGGGAAACCAAUCACGACUAAAGCUGAUAUUUGGGCCCUUGGGUGUUUAUUGUACCGAUUAUGCUUUUUUACGUUACCAUUUGGGGAGAGUACUUUAGCUAUACAAAGUGGAAACUUUAGCAUUCCAGAUAAUUCGAAAUAUUCGAAAGGUUUACAUCAACUAAUUCGUUACAUGUUGGAGCCGGACCCUGACCAAAGGCCUGACAUUUUCCAAGUUAGUUGUAUCGCAUUUCAAUUGUUAUCGAAAGAAAAUCCUGUGAAAAAUUUAAUGAAAUCGCCCAUUCCGAGACUAGACGACCUCCCGAUGCCCCCAUUUGAGUCUGAACUGAAGAAAGCUCAAAUAAAAGUGUACAAUAAGACGCCAGCAGCCCCCAUUGUUGAAAGUACGAGUGUGAUGCCACGUCAACGUCCUAAAGGCAGUUCUACCACACCACUUAAUCUCACUAACCUUCCUCUAACUUUAAGUCCCAGUCCUACCACUAGUAAAAAAUCACAAAGUCCUAUAACUGUCACAUACCCGUCUAAUUUUCAGACACAACAACCAAAACAAUUGGAUUCCCUUUUCCAGUCUUCCAUCUAUCCUGAUCCAUUUCGAGAUGAUAAUACGAGUGAAUCACCGACUAAUGAGCCUAAUAAUGGUGGAGGAGGACAAGUGAUGUCGCCAGUAUCGUCCGAAAAUCCCUUAUUUGGUUCGGGGAAUUUAAAUCAGGGGGCGCAAGUAAAACCGAGUUUGACUGAAUCGAGUAAUUAUGUGGGGGCGACGAUGACACCGCCUUCUACACCGACUUUGGCCGUACCCAAGGGACACAGGAGGAAUAUGAGCGAUACGACGGCUUUUAAUAAGGUUUAUGCCUCUGAAACGUCUCAAUUUCUGGCCCCUUACGAGUCGUCGAUGAAGCCUCGCAGUAGUGACUCCCCCGAGCUGAUCAAGGGUCCCCUGGUGCCCCCUGGUGUUUCUGCGUCCACAGCCGAUGUGAAUCAUCCUAUAGCCCCCGAUAGUCGUUCACUUUCGGCCGAUGUAGCCGAUUGGAAUCCAUUCGAAGAGCCACCGUUUAGUCAAAUGACCGAAGAUCAUAUUUUCGGUGCUGAAUUUGACAAGAUUAGAAGAGGAAGUCAAAGUAGUAUUCAAGGUGUUAAAUCGAGGGAGAGUUUAGUGAUGUCGGUGUCUGAAGAUCCGUUCGGUUGUGCACCGUUCAGUCUUCCAGUAAGGUCACGUGAUCGGAUUAAUAAGACUCAGCUUCAGUUCUCAGUUUUGAGGCAAAAAAUCAAAGAAGAUCAAGAACCGAAUUUCACAUAUUCGCCCCCUCAUCAAUCCGAGACCGAAGCACCUUUAAUCGAAUCCGAACCGGAUCUAGUGACCUCACCACCGUACGUAAAAGCCCCAUUGGAGGACCGUUCCAAAUACGAAAAACUAACCCAAAGUAAUUACAUCAGUUCGGAGAGUAGUUCAGACGAAAACAAUGACAAAUUAAAAAAGAACAAACGAAAAACAAUCCCGGAAAAACUCCAAUCGGUUUAUAAAACUCUCGAAAAGAAGGCGGCGCCGAAAAACAAAAAAAACGAUUCGGUGGAUAUGGAAUCGGACGAUUCGAUUGGUUCAGCGAGUGACUUGCGCAUCGACGAAGAUACAGAAAUGGUCAAAGGUGAUGCGAUUAGUGAAACGGUGAGUGAAAGUAUUAAAACGUGUGGUUCGUCGGCUUAUCACGCCGAAUGCGAAAGCAUGGCCACCCAUGAGGAUGAUAGCACGAAUCGAAUGAUAAGAGCGAAGAUAAAAGAAGAGGCAAAGAAGAGUGAGAUGCAAGAUGAAGAUAUGCUCUUGAUUGGGCAUCAAUAUGGCGAUAAACCGUUGCUAUUGGACGAUGAAUUGGAUUCGGAUUGUGAGGUUAAGUUGACGUGGUCCCAAAAACCCGAUUUAUGGAUACCACCAUCGAGUAGUUACGAUGAUGAUGUUUUUGCUUUGGCACCGUUUAAUAACAAACCGAGAGCUAAAUCAAAAAAUGAGGAAAACUCAAAUCCAUUUCUUGAUUUUCCAAAUCCGAUUCAAAGCACUUCGAAUUAUGGUACAGUAACUGUCAAUUCGAAUUUCAUCAAUAUCGAAAUACCAUCACAGGAGUGUUACCCGACCCGAUUCGAGUCGAAUUUCACCGAAGUCGAUCCGUAUUUCCCCCCACCCGAGUCUGGGUUUUUCCCCCCCGAAAACAAUUUAUUUGAUUUUACGCCGCCGCCUGUUACCAAUACCGAAAUCCACCAUAAAUAUAAGAAAGAUAAGAAGAAAGAUGGAAAAUCGAAAUAUCAUUUGAUUGAUGAAAGUGUUAGUGAUGACAGUCCGAGUAUAAAUUUUACUACUAAAAAUGCAAAAAUUGUUAAACCAAAUCGGAAAGUGUCAAAGAUUAAGACACAUAAAUCAAAGACGAAAACACAAGGGGGUUUUAGUAAUAUGAGUUUUGAGGAUUUUUCGUCGGAUGAUUGUGAAGAGGUUGAACGUUGUUCUGUGAUGCCUUUUGAAGUGUUACGUAGUCCUGAACAGGAAGAUAGAAAAUUUACAACAAAGAGAAUUAGUAAUCCGUUUUCUUGAGGUUACAACAAGGUGAAAUUUAGCGAUUUAGAAAGCAGCUUUUUUACAUAAGGCAGCUGUCUUUGUUAUCUAUUAAAUUCAAGCUUGUGGGUAUUACAGGUUCCCAUAAUUACAGGAAACUGUAAUUUUCAAAAGUCUGAGAAUUAUUUAUUUAUUCAAACUAAAAAAUCUAUGUAGAUUUGUUAUACUUGAAUACGAAUCGUUAGCCGAAAGUCCGAAUCUGAAAACCACAUUAUUAUGUAUUUUAUUUUAUCAAAAUAUUGACUACGUUUACACGGCACAUAACCAUUUUUAAAGAAACGAAACUGGGAUUUUGUCGUAUUUUUUUUAAUUUUUAUAGUUUGUUAUAAAUAUAUUUGAAAUUGUUUAACAAAAGUAGAGGAGCAUUAACUUGAUUAAUACAUAAAAUAAUACACAUCUUUAAAACAAAUUUACAUAAUUAAAAUUAAAAUAUUACAAAAUCUUUACAAAUAACUUAAAAUAGUAAAACUUCGUUAAUAGAUAUAAUAAUAGACAAAUCUUUACAAACAAGUAACACAUUAAAAUUUGGACGCAUUCUUCGGCCUCGGAGUUCUGGGUAGGUCUCCGGGAACAAGAAAAAUUUUCAUUUCUUAUCGAAAUUUCCUCCGGGUUGGUGACUUUUACUCCAAUACACUUGAGUGUUACAUUUUAAAACAGAAAUUGUUUAGUUUUCGGGCAUUUUAAUAAAAACGUGUAAACGUAGUCAAAUUUAACCACAUCGAAAUUUGACGUCAUUUUUGAAGAUUUUGAAAUUUUGCGGUGAAAUUUAUUGAUUUACAAAACAAAUUUACCUAAGACAUCUAUUUUUGUUAUUAUUUAUUAAAUCAUCGUGAAUUUUAUUUUAUUCAAAUUCAAGCUUUUUGCAAUUACAGGACACUGUAAUUUUCGAUUUAAAGUAAAAUUUUCAUGAAACAGAAGCUGUUUUAAAUGCAAUUUUUACUUAUUGGGAAUGAAAUAAAAGUGAAAAUAAUCGAAUUUGAAAACCACAUGGUUUAAAAAUAAUGACAUUUGUAAAAAAAUUAAAAUGUUGACUAAGUUUACAGGGCAUUUUUAAACAUUAAAAAAAUCAAAACUAAAACCUGACCCAUGAUAGUGCCCAUUAUGCGUAGUCAUUCAAUUAAUGGAUCAAUUAUACACUUGACUGUUACAUUUUAAAACAGAAAUUGUAUGUUUUUGAGCAUUUUAAUAAAAACGUUGUGUAAACGGAGUCAAAUUUUGCGAGAAUCGAGAUUGCUGUGAAAAAAUUUUUAGUUUUAGGUGGAUUAAAAGUGUAUUUUUCGUGUAAUUCAGGUAUGAUAAAAUGUUUUUUGUUAGUAAAUUAAAACAAGGCUAAUUAUUAUUACAGAAAUGACAGAUUUUUUUCAUUAAAACAUAGGCUACGUUUACACGGCAUUUUUAACCACUUUUACAGAAUCAAAACUAAAACUUGCCCCGUGGUAGUGCCCAUUAUGGGUAGUCAUACAAUUAAUGGGUUAAUUAUACACUCAACUGUUAUUUUUAAACCAGAAAUUGUUUAUUUUCGAGCAUUUUAAUAAAAAUAUUGUGUAAACGUAGUCAAAUUUUGCGAGAAUCGAGAUUGCUGUGGAAAAAUUAGAAAAUGUCAAAUUAAAAAUGUUUGGGUGGAUUAAAAGUGUGUUUUUCGUGUAAUUCAGGUAAAAUGUUUUAUUUUGUUAGUAGAUGAUGAGAAGGCUGUAAAAUGACAGAAUUUUCCAUUAUGAGUAAAAUGUUAACUACGUUUACACGGCAUUUUUAACCAUUUUUAAUGAAUCAAAACUAAAACUUGGCCCAUUAUGGGUAGUCAUACAAUUAGUGGGUCAAUUACACACUAAACUGUUAUUUUUAAACCAGAAAUUGUUCGUUUUCGAGCAUUUUAAUGUAAACGUAGUCAAAAUUGCGAGAAUCGAGAUUGCUGUGAAAAAAUUUGACGUCAUUUUUGAAAGUGUCAAAUGUCAAAAUGAAAAUUUAAAAGUGGUAUGAUAAAAUGUUUUUUUUGCUAUGAUGAUGAAGACAAGACUGUAAUUAUUACGUUACUUAAGCAUCAAGUCUGAGUAAAACAGCGUCAAGUAUUUCGGUGCCUUUCCAAAUCAAAAUUUGCAAAAGUAUGAAUGAAAUAAGCCAAAGUGUAAAAAACAAACUUGAAUUUCCUACAUAUAGCAAGUCAAUUAAAACGCUUUUAUUGUGACAUGUAGGUCCUGUUUUAGUAAUAAGAGGAAACCUAGUUGAUGUUUAAAAGAUUAUUUAUUUAUAAAAAAAGUGUAUGUAUACAUAGUUCGUAUAAAAACAUUCCAUUUAUUUAUAUACUAGUAUUUAACUUAAUUGCACUUUUGUAACUUUUUGCAUACAAAUAAAUUUGUGAUUGUUA